CAUAAUACAAGAUAUUAAAAACUUAACACUACAUAACACCUGUCAACUCACUCCUUUGACGUCUCUUUGGGGGUGACGCCGUGACGCCUCCCUCGCCAUCCCCGCACGCCUCCAACUCGACCCGACCUACCCACCAAAUGGCCGGCUUCAACCAGAAAAAACCCUCGACACCUGCCCGGUCGUUUUCCAAGUCCAAACCGCAGAGCGCUACCAAGCGCAACGCCAGUCUUCUCAAUUUCUUCCAGAAGGCGGACGGCCCGCCCCAAGCUACCUCCCGACAGUCCCGGAUCACGCAGUUCGCGACACCGAGCGAGGGGUCCAACGGCAGUCGCGGGAAGAGUGCAAGCAGCUCACCUGGUCUGCGCAGAUCUGUGACCUCGGUGUCAGGCGCUGGCACGGGCGCUGGUGGGCUUUUCCUUGAGGAUCGGAAUGGGAAGCCUGCGGCGCGGGUAGAACGAGCGCGGUCCCGGUCGCGGACACCUGAUGAUAUCUGGGGCGAGGGCCUCGACGUGAAGGAGGAUGAUCCGCAGAAUGAGGAAGCGUCGUCCUCGGUAAAACGACGUAGGGUGGACGUGACGGAGGAGUCCGAGGGCACCAAUGAGAAGAAAAAAGGCGAUUCACCUCGUCCUGUGUCGGCUAAGAGUCGACCGACUAGCGGGCCGUUCAUCGACGAGUCGGAUAGCGAGGAUGAUUUAGACGCCUUCAGAGAUCUCGGUGACGACUCUUUACCCGCUACGGACCUGAAGGAUACGCCGUCUUGCGCCGACGAGCCUGUGACUACUAUCGACGCAACGGAUUCGGAGCGACCCCCCGUGCCACCACUGGUAAGAGAAGCCACGAGCCAUGCCGCAGAUGAUGAAGAUACGAAUUUUGACGAACUAGAAGAGGAUGAAUUAGGAGUGGACCCAUUGCAAUUUCAAGGAGAAGAAUUUUUAGAACCCCUAGAUGACGACAUUAAAGAGGCCGUGGUGGAAUCCGAUGGGCUGGAGGACGGGUGUCUGGUUGGAGAGGGUAGUCUGGGGGAUAACGAAACGGUGUGUCCGGUUUGCCAGACCCGGCUGAUCGCGCUGAAUGAAAGUGAUAUAUCGGUACAUGUCAACGAUUGUCUAGAUGGGAAGCCGAGCAUCAUCCCGAAAAACACCCCAACACCCGCAAAAAGGUCCUCGCCGGUGGAGCGUGCCGCCAUCGCGAAACCACCCCAACCCGAUCCCUACAACUCUGGUGAACCUGCCGCUGGAACGGCAUUCUCCAAGUUAAUGGCCGGGAAUGCGGAGGACACGGCGUGGUCCUCGGCAGCCGCUAACGAGGUGGCAUCACGAGGCAAACAAGCCUACCAACGGACUUGUCCGUUCUACAAGAUCAUGCCUGGUUUCUUCAUCUGCGUGGAUGCUUUCCGCUACGGCGCAGUAGAAGGGUGCAGCGCCUACUUCCUGAGCCACUUCCACAGCGACCACUAUAUCGGGUUGACAGCAUCGUGGCGACACGGUCCCAUCUACUGUAGCAAGCCCACAGCCAACCUCGUCCGCCAGCAGUUGAAGGUGAAUCCGAAAUGGAUCGUGGCCCUAGACUUCGAGAAGCGGACUGAGGUUCCAGACACCGGCGGGGUGCAGGCCACCCUAAUCGAGGCGAACCACUGCCCCGGCAGCGCCCUGUUUCUAUUCGAAAAGCCCGUCGGGCCGCAGCGGACGCAACGCAUCCUCCACUGCGGCGACUUCCGCGCCUCCCCAGCGCACGUCCAGCACCCGCUUCUCUGUCCCCACCCCGUCGACCCCACGACAGGCCAGCGCCGCCGCCAACGCAUCGACACUUGCUACCUAGACACCACAUAUCUCAGCCCUAAAUACGCCUUCCCCAGCCAGAGCGACGUGAUCCGCGCCUGCGCCGACCUAUGCGUUAGUCUCAACGACGGAUCAACAAACAGCGUCGUCCCACCCGGAAAGUCCACCAUCAGCUCAACAAUGAUGAACCGAUUCAUCUCAACCGUAACCGGAUCACACCCCACCACACCCGCAGAACCCCCACCCUCCACAACCAACAGCCGCCUUCUAAUCGUAAUCGGCACCUACAGCAUCGGCAAAGAGCGCAUCUGCCUCGGCAUCGCACGCGCCCUACGCUCAAAAAUCUACGCCACACCCGCCAAACAGCGCGUCUGCGCCUGCCUCGAAGACCCCGAGCUCACCUCCCUGCUCACAGACGACCCGACAGCCGCCCAAGUCCACAUGCAAACGCUGUUCGAACUCCGCGCCGACACCCUAGCCGACUACCUCGACUCGCUAAAGCCGCACUUCGCCCGCGUCGUCGGCUUCCGCCCCACGGGCUGGUCUUACCGCCCACCGGCGGGUCGUACCAUCGACAUCAACGCCCCGCCGCCGGUAUCGGCUGUGCUGCACGCCCCGCAGUGGCAGUCGCCGUUUUCGGUCGCGGAUCUGAUGCCCCAGCGGGGGAGUACCCGGGAGAGUGCUUGCUAUGGGGUUCCGUAUAGUGAGCAUAGCUCGUUCAGGGAGCUGACAAUGUUUUGUUGUGCGUUGGAUAUUGGGAGGGUUGUUCCUACUGUUAAUGUGGGGAGUAAGAAGAGUCGGGAGGUUAUGAGGGGGUGGAUUGAGAGGUGGGAGGUGGAGAGGAGAAAGAGUGGGCUUUAUCGGUGGGAGGGUGAUGUGUAG